GUCAAGAUCUACUACUAUAAGAAGGUUUGUGUUAUCUGCAAAUACCAUUGCCACAUCUUACAAGGCUCAAGAUCUCAAGAUUUUACAUCUAAGAACGUCUCACAACCUUUCCGCUGCAAUGCAUCUCUUCACUCUGGGGUUUCUAGCGAUUCUCUUUCCAAGAAUGAUGUUUGGGCUCGUACAAGAAGUAAAAUCAUGGGCCGAUUUUGAAUCCGCGAUGGGGAAAAGUGGCUUGUAUGCCUUGGUCCUUGUUGAUGAUUCCAGCAAAGACCUUGCCACGGCAUUUCUAGAUGUUGAUUGUGUUAAUUACCCAAAAGUCAAAUGCUACUAUGGAAUGGAAGGUAAUAGCACUCAACCAGAAACUUCUUUCAAUCAACAUUUCAAAACCAAUGUAGCUCCUGCAUUUUUUUUCUUCAAAGAUGGUAAAGAAGUUUCAUCCAUUAUAAAAAAAAGGCCCGUACUUGGGCCUGAAGUUGAUUAUAUAUUCGAAUGCGUGCUCUCUGUGUCUGAUCAUUGCAUGUACAGUAAGCCUAAUUGAAAUUGCAGUGGACUGUAAUAGAUGCUUUCAUAAAUAAAGAAUGUUUGAGAAAUACAAAA